GCAAUGCUGGAACUGGGGGACCCCCGGCAGCCUGGAGGGGGAGCAUAGAGAAGGGGAAGCCCUGACAGUGGGGACCCCUGGGAUCCCUGGGACAACAAAGUGGAGAACCUGGAGAGGGGGAAUGUCUGGGAAGUCGGCAUCCCGAAGGGGAGAGUCAGAGGAGAAGGGACCCUUGGGACCCCCAACACUCUCAGUAUCCCUGAGUGGGACCCCCAGCAUCUAAGAAAGGGAAGCUAUUCCCAACCCCAGAGGGGACAGACCAGAGAGGGGUAACUCCUGGGAGAAUUUCUUUGGCUUAACCUUCAUAUUUUGGAGUAGUUUUUUAGCUGAAUCUCAACUUUUUGCAGUUUGGGUGGGCGAGGGUCUUCUUGCUAUUUUUGAGAGGGUUUUUACCUGAAUCUCAGAGGUUUGGGUUUUUCUGGGCUGAAUCUUGGUGUUUUGGAGGUUUUUCUGGUCACAGGAUGCUCAAUGAGCUCUAGAGAUGGACUUGGGCAGGAGGAACCCCCAAGCCAACGCACUCAGCCCUUGUUUUCCCCUCCCCCAUCAGGAUUUGUCCUUCUCAAAGCUUGGGCGGAUGGAGGAGGAGGCUGCGAGGAAGAGGAAGAUGCCUUGGGCCCCCCAGGCAGGCCCCGAGCUGAGGACGGAGAGCCCGGAGGACAAAUCCCCCCGUGAGACCCUGGUGGGAGAGGCCGUUUUGAAGGGCUCCACGGUGCAGGAAGGCAGCGGGGAGGAAAAGGGCCGGAGAUCCCCCCACAGGAGGGACUCCAAAGCCAUCCCAGGGUGCUCUGAGGAGGAAAGAGCCAGCCUGUGCCGGGAAGGCGGCUGGAGCUUGAGGGGGAGCUCUGAGCUGGUGGUCCCUGAGCAGCCUCCAAGCAGGGAGAAGCCCUUCAGGUGCUUGGAAUGUGGGAAGAACUUCAGGAAGAGCUUCAACCUCCUCACCCACCAGCACAUCCACACUGGGGAACGGCCCUACACAUGUAGGGAAUGUGGGAAGAGCUUCAACCAGAGCUCCACCCUCCACAUCCACCAGCGCAUCCACACUGGAGAACGGCCCUACAAGUGCUUGGAAUGUGGGAAGAGGUUUCAGACCAGCUCCAGUCUCCUCCAGCACCAGCGGACGCACACGGAUGAGAGGCCCUUCCGCUGCACCGACUGCGGGAAGGGCUUCAACCGGAACUCCCACCUCGUCACCCACCGGCGCAUCCACACUGGGGAGAGGCCCUACAAGUGUGGGGAGUGUGGGAAGAGCUUCCCCCACAGCUCUACCUUGACCAAACACCAAUGGACCCACCGGUAAGGGAAGCCCUACCAGUGCCCCGAUUGCAGGAAGAGCUUCGGCCGCUGCUUCCACCCAGAAUGAAGCCCCUGAUGAUGAGGCAACCCCUGGAGUCCAGUGACUGUCAGUCCAUCCCUUUCGACCACAAAGGGCCAGUCCCCUUUCCCAGGGGCAGCUUCUUCCAACAGAAGCCUUCUUGGAGGGUUUGUGGAGAUUCCUGCCUUGGCUGGGGACGCCCCCAAGGUCAGUGGUGGAAAUUGAGAGCAGAGAUCUCCCCACCAGCGUUUGUCUGGGGGAGUUCCAUCAUCUCUAAUUUAAAGAAUUAUUGCUUUUGUGCCAGCUUGAGUAGAAUGGCUUCAACAAUUGCUUUAGUGUAGAACCCUGUCCUAUCUUAUCCUGUACUCCUGGUAGUUUUAGUGUUUCUAUUGUGCAGUAAAUAAUUGUGAUGAAGA